AUGAGUAGGAUUUCAAGCCAUAGAGACGACAGGAGUCGGAGAGGCCAACCGGCGGAACCGGUUGCGCUGUUUCCGCGGAUGGACGUGCGCAGCGCGGCAGCAGCAGCAGCGGCGGGGCCCAAGCCGCCACCGCGGAACAAGAUGGCGCUCUUCGAGUCCUUGGCGCCGCCUUCCGCUAAGCGCCACCGCGCCGCGUCCCUCUCCUCUCCGCUAGGAUUCGCCGCGGUUCAGGACCAGCAGGCACAGCUUCUCCCGCUCAUCCCGCCGCUGCCGGGGUACGCUUGCCUUCCCCUGCCUCCCGCCUUCCCGCUGCCUCCCGCCUUCCCCUGCCUCCCGCCUUCCCGCUGCCUCCCGCCUUCCCGCUCCCGGCUUCUCUCUGUCUCCCGCGAUCCCCCAUGUGUCAAAUUGUUGCCGUUUAGCGUUUCUGGUCUUCCCUUCUUCCACUCUUUCCGAGGCCUUGUUUGCUGCGCGGGGCCCGUGUCCCAUCCGCUCACUCUUCCAUCGCCCUUCCUCUCGUCACCAAUAGUUCUUCCAUUUCCGCACCUCCCAUCCACCAAUCAGGUCGCAGCGUCCGUGUUGCCGCCCUGCCACGUGUCCAAGUUCGCAUACGCGCCCUUCACAGCCGCCAGCCAGCAGCCCUUUUCCGCGCAGCCACGCUCUUCACAAGCCGCGAACUCGUUACAAGCUCCUGACUCGUUACAAGCAGCCUUCAAGCUCCCAUCCGUACCCGUCAGCAACAUCAGCGGGCCCCGCGCUUCCGUUCCAGCCCGUACCAGAGACUCUUUCUCUGGAAGCUUCCACGAAGCCGCGUCUCCAGCGGUCCAAGCCGCGUGCGCAACACACUCCAUCGGCGGGCCUUCCUCCGGUUCCGACCCUUCCGCCCCGUCUCCCGUUGCGAGCGCAGCAUGGGGGUUGUCCGCGCGGCCGCGCGCCAUGGGCGGAACUCCCGCCCCGCCGCAUGCAGCAGGCGCAUCCGGAAGCUCCGGCGGAUUUCCGGGAUUCCCAAACCCCCCCGCGGGCGCAAGUGCGGAAGGAAGCGGCGGAGGGGGAGCUGGCGGAUUAGCGGGCGGGAUGGCGGAAGGUAUGGCAGACGCAAUGGCGGGCGGAGGGGGGCGGAUCCCCGGAAGCUCGUCCCCGCGGGAUGAGGCUGCGGAGAGCGCGUUCUGGGCGUGGCGCCACCACUCGCGCACCUCCCCCACCCCCCCUGCUUCCGCCUCCGCCUCCCCCUUCGCUGUUCCCGGCGCCCCGUCCCCGUUCGCCCCCUCCGCGUUUCCUUCCGCCUUGGUUCCCCCCUUGCCUGUCCCCCUUGCCGCGGCUUCCCCUGAUGCUGCUGCAGCAGCCGCGGCUGCCAUGCUUGCGGUUAUGGGUGGCGGAAAGAUUGUGGCGGGAGGUUGGGGGGGAGGGGGGGGGGGGGAUAAAGCGAGAGCAGAGGAGCAGGAGAAGGAUCAGAGGCAGGAGGGGAGUAAAGCGGGUGGGAUAAGAGGAGUGGGGGAAGCAGCAGUAGGAGGAAGGGAUGUGAGCGGCGCAGUGAGGGCGGGUGGAGGAGCAAGGGGGAAAGGUGGAGAGAGGGCAGGAGCAAGGGGAGGAGUGAGGGAAGGAGUGAGGGAAGGAGUGAGGGAAGGAGUGAGGGAAGGAGUGAGGGAAGGAGUGAGGGAAGGAGUGAGGGAAGGAGUGAGGGGAGGAGUGAGGGAAGGAGUGAGGGAAGGAGUGAGGGAAGGAGUGAGGGAAGGAGUGAGGGAAGGAGUGAGGGCGUGUGACGUGGUGGCCGUGGUGGGGCAGCGGGAGUUCUGGCGCCUGCAGCAGGGCAUGCAGAGGCAUGACCGCAUAUUCCACGCACAGCUGCUCGACCUGCACUCGCUCAUCAUCGUACAACAAGAGCUCUUCCAAGCAGCCCGCCCCCCCUCCCCCGAGCCCUCCGCCACCAGCGCCCCCCUCCCCUCCGCCCCCCUCUCCCCCGCGCCUCUCCAGCCCUUUCGCCCUCCUCCGUUCCGCGCCUCCCCAGCUGCGCUGCACACCUGUGCCGAGGCUGAGUCGCAGGCUCAGGGAUUCCCGGGGCAAGUGGUUCGGACGGAUACGGAAGGAUUCUCUGCUGCGAUUGGUGAAGUGGCUAGUACGGGGGGGGAGGAAGGGCGGACAAAAGGGAAUGAGGAGAGGGGGAGGGAUGAUGGGGGUUAUGGUGGCGAUGGUGCUGCGUAUACAGUGCCUGGUAACCCCAUCUCGGCUCCUGCUGGCUUUCCUGCUGCUGCUGCUACUGUCGCUGCUGCUGCUGCUGUCCCCUCUGUCCCUGCCGGUCAUGGUGAUGCGGGCAGGGAAACGGAGCAGACGAAUGGGGCUCGGGGCAGCAGCACACCCCAUGGGCCACUGGAAUCAGUGCAGCAGCACACCACGGGAGGUACGGGUGGUUUAGGUGGUGCUAUGGAUGCUCCUAACAUGGCCGCUUUUCAAGCAUUUCUGGUGCAGCAGCAGCAGCAGCAGCAGCAGCAGCAGCAGCAGCAGCAGCAGCAGCAGCAGCAGCAGCAGCAGCAGCAGCAGCAGCAGCAGCAGCAGCAGCAGCAGCAGCAGCAGCAAGCAGAGCAGCAGCAGCAGCAGCAGCAGCAGCAGCAGCAGCCAGCAGCAGCAGCAGCAGCAGCAGCCAGCAGCAGCAGCAGCAGCAGCAGCAGCAGCCGCAGCAGCAGCAGCAGCAGCAGCAGCAAGCAGCAGCAGCAGCAGCAGCAGCAGCAGCAGCAGCAGCAGCAGCAGCAGCAGCAGCAGCAGCAGCAGCAGCAGCAGCAGCAGCAGCAGCAGCAGCAGCAGCAGCAGCAGCAGCAGCAGCAGCAGCAGCAGCAGCAGCAGCAGCAGCAGCAGCAGCAGCAGCAGCAGCAGCAGCAGCAGCAGCAGCAGCAGCAGCAGCAGCAGCAGCAGCAGCAGCAGCAGCAGCAGCAGCAGCAGCAGCAGCAGCAGCAGCAGCAGCAGCAGCAGCAGCAGCAGCAGCAGCAGCAGCAGCAGCAGCAGCAGCAGCAGCAGCAGCAGCAGCAGCAGCAGCAGCAGCAGCAGCAGCAGCAGCAGCAGCAGCAGCAGCAGCAGCAGCAGCAGCAGCAGCAGCAGCAGCAGCAGCAGCAGCAGCAGCAGCAGCAGCAGCAGCAGCAGCAGCAACGGCAGCAAUGGCUGCAGCAGCAGCAUCAGCAGCAACAGCACCAGCAGCAACAGACAGGAGGCAUGGGAAGGCAGCAGUUGGGUUUAGUCCGUGCGGUAAUGUGCGGGAUGGAGGGAGCAGUGGCGGUGGAGAGGGUACCAGUUAUGGUGGCAGGGCUGGCAGCUACAGGUAUGCGGCCGGAAGAGAUGAGGACGAGACUUAAAGAUGAAGACUGA